GCUGCAGCAGCAGCCAACUUCAACGUUCUGGUAGUAAUUGCUCUUCCACUUUUCUUCCUCUUCCUAUUCUUCUCUUUUUCCCUACGGCAAACACACACACACACACACACACCAAAACUCCACAUUUCCGAAUUUAAUGCUUGCUUCAGAAGCUUCUGUCGGGGUUCCGAGGGAGAGCGGGGGGAGGAUGGAGAGGAAUACGACCAAGAUUUGUGCUCCGAUCAUGGCGGAUUCUGUUGAUGAAAUGGUGGCUAAUAUGGUCAAAGCCAAAGCUGGUGGGGCUGAUCUUGUUGAAUUUCGAUUGGAUAGUUUGAAAAGCUUUCAUCCUCAACAAGAUCUCAGGAUUUUAGUCAAAGACUGCCCUUUGCCCUCUCUGUUCACUUACAGACCAAAAUGGGAAGGUGGUCAAUAUGAUGGUGAUGAGAAAGAGCGUUUAGAUGCGCUUCGAUUAGCCAUGGAGUUGGGAGCUGAUUACAUCGAUGUUGAGCUCCAGGCUGCUGAUGAAUUCAUUAAAUCCAUUCAUGGUAAGAAGCCUGAGAAACUCAAAGUCAUUGUUUCCUCGCACAACUAUCAGAACACUCCAUCUGUUGAGGAGCUUGGGAACCUUGUUGCAAGAAUACAAGCCACUGGAGCUGACAUAGUGAAGAUAGCAACAACUGCCGUGGAUAUAACUGAUGCGGCACGCAUUUUUCAGAUAAUUGUUCAUUCUCAAGUUCCAGUGAUUGGACUUGUUAUGGGUGAGAGGGGGUUUAUUUCUAGGAUACUCUGUGCAAAAUUUGGUGGGUAUCUCACUUUUGGGACCCUUGAGGAUGGAAUUGUUUCAGCUCCCGGUCAGCCAACAAUCAAGGAUCUAUUGAAUAUAUACAAUUUCAGGCUAAUAGGUCCUGAUACUAAAGUGUAUGGUGUUAUUGGGAAGCCAGUGGGGCACAGCAAAGCGCCCUUUUUAUUCAAUGAAUUGUUCAAAUCAGUUGGUUUCAAUGGGGUCUACGUACAUUUACUAGUGGAUGAUGUUGCAAAGUUUCUCCAGGCCUACUCAUCUACAGAUUUUAUUGGGUUCAGCUGUACCAUUCCUCACAAGGACGCUGCACUGAAGUGUUGUGAUGAGGUUGAUCCAGUAGCAAAGUCUAUAGGAGCUGUUAAUUGCAUUGUGAGGAAACAAACUGAUGGGAAGUUAUGUGGCUUCAAUACAGACUAUUUUGGUGCUAUUUCUGCUAUUGAAGAUGGACUACGAGGGACAUCUAAUACGAGCAGUACUGCUGGUUCACCCUUAGCUGGGAAGCUGUUUGUGGUUAUUGGUGCUGGUGGUGCUGGAAAGGCACUUGCUUAUGGUGCAAAAGAAAAAGGAGCAAGGGUUGUCAUUGCCAAUCGGACUUAUGAUCGAGCCAGAGAACUUGCGGACACAAUUGGAGCAGAUGCGCUGUCUCUUUCUGAUUUGGAUAAUUUCCAUCCAGAGGAUGGAAUGAUUCUUGGUAACACCACAUCCGUUGGAAUGCAGCCAAAAAUUGGUGAAACGCCUAUUUCAAAGCAUGUUUUGAAAUACUAUUCUCUUGUUUUUGAUGCGGUGUACACCCCCCAAAUAACCAGACUUCUGAGAGAAGCAGGAGAAGCUGGAGCAAUAACUGUUUCUGGGUUGGAGAUGUUCAUUGGGCAGGCAUAUGAACAGUAUGAGAGGUUCACAGGAUUGCCUGCACCAAAGGAAAAAUUCUGGAAAAUCAUGUCCAAGUACUAAUUGCAUAAUGAAAAUUUUAUUGUCCCUUUUCAGUUCCUGGGGGUAAGAUUUGGUUGAAGAGAAAUAAUAUGGCAGUAUUUUUAUUAUUUCCCUCAGUAAUUGGAGGAUAGAUUUGUGUACUAUGCAUUCUUCUUUCUAUCAAUAAUAGUAUUAUUGCCUGAUCAAGAACAUAAGAAAAUUUGUACUUUAUUGAGUUGAUGUAAUAAUAAAAUGAAGAGUUAAAU